CUCUCUUCAUUUAUGAAAGCUCGGCCGCUACUAUUGCCAGCGUAAGAAAGCCGUCUAGACAAAAAAAAAAUUUUUUCUUGGCUUCUUCCCAUAAUUAUGUUGUCUAUUUUGCUAUUCAUGGAGAUAUACUGAGAGGAGUUUAAAGCGGGUGAGGGUAAGAGAUAAAUAAAAACGAGACAUAAAGAGGAAGAGAAGUAGUGGAAGGAGGAGGCAGAAGAGGAAAAGAAAGAGGAAGAUGCUAGCUUUGUCUUCUUUGAGAAGUUGAUCGCACGGCGCCGGCCCAAGUCCUCUCUCUCUCUUCUUCUUUCUUUCUCUCUCUCUCUUUCUCUCUCAUUCCAAUUAUGACUACUACAUUUUUUAAGAAGCCACCUUUUAUUGUGUUCAAUACUUACCAGUGCGGACAAGUUCCUCUGCCAGAUACUAGUUGAUACCAACCACUUCGGUUUCGACACACCAAGGCAUACUUUGACCAGAAGGCUCUAGAGUGAAAAUCUUUUGUACCAAGAACUAAAACAAGUGCUGCUUGUUAUACAAUACUAGGAUAAUGUACCAAUAUUUGUAUAAUUCCCAGCACUUUAAUUUCAUCAACGAAUGGGCUUCAGAGCUUCAACUUUCUGAUCACACAUCCUCUACUAAUAGGAUUUUAAUUGGGAGAGCUUGUGGACUUGUGACCAGCUUAAUGUGAGAAACCAUGCCAAAUGUGGAAUGUACGAGUGAGACGUGGUCCCCAACCCAUCUAAGAGGGCAGUAACUCCAAAUAAGAACUGACUCAGACUGUGAUGAAAUGUCCAACCCAUGCCAACAUGGAAAACCAAGUGGAUGUUAAAUAAUGAUGAUGAUGAUGGCUUUUUCUGUUUUAUUGUAUUUGGAGUUAAAUCAAAUAAGGAUGAUGAUGGAAAUACGAAACAAAAUUGAUUACACUUACUCAAUAGUUGGCUUUUUCACUUUAUUGACUCUUCUUGAACAUGGUUAUUCUCACAAAACUCCAAAUAACGAUGGAAAAAGGCUGAGCAAAGAUCGACCAGAAAUAUUUUUUGACACUCGCAUGAUUCCAGAACGAGUUGUAAAAAAUAUAUAUAUUUACAAAAGUACAAAGAAUUUAUUUGCAUUCUUGAAAGAAACAGCUGAUUCAAGAUUAUCCAUAACUGUAACACCGUGUGCAUCAGACAUAAACUGGAGGGUUAUAUUUAAAAGAUUACAUUCUAAUUCACAGUUUGAAUCUGCAGGCACACCAGUAUCACAGUCUCUUGCUCUUCAAAACUUUUCGGGAGAUGCUAGUAAUACCUACCAAGAGAAGGAAGGACGCAAGGGUCUUUAUAUAGUUGAAUUAGAAGCAAUAACUUCUGAAACUUAUGCAAGAGUCUAUGUCACAACUACUCCUGAUAUUGACAGCAUUUUCCCCUUGCCACCAGCAGACAACCAUCUUAACAUAACCAUGAAAGCAGCAAAAGAUGUCAGUGUCACAUGGAAACCAAGUUUAUCAUCUACCAAUAAAAUCAAGUACUGUGUAUCUUUUAGUCGGAAAAGACAAUUUUAUACCAACUGUGGAGUUUUAGCACAUUUCCAUGGUGAUGCAAAACCCACUCUUCCACCUCACACUGGGUUUGGAUUUAAAGAAGAAAAGAAAAAAAGGCUUUUAAGAAAAUCAGCAAAGCCUAUUCGUUCAGCUCCAAAAGGGCAUAUUUUUUAUGAUUGCGUUGGAAGUAAACUUUCUUAUACAUUUAAAAAAGGCAAACCAGGUCGAAAGUACUUUAUCAAUGUGUUUGCUAUUAACUCCACUUCUAAUAUGUCAAUCAGUUACGCCGGUGUACAAGUUAAGCUUAAACGAAACAAGAAAAAACGUUUUGUAGUGAAAGAAAAUAAAGUGCAAACACUAGUAAUCAAACGGAGAAAAAUACCAAAAUUAUAUUUUAGUCUUUCACGAAAUGUUAAGGCAUUGAAUCUAUUUUUGCAAGCCUGUGGUGAUGUCAUGAAAAUACGUGUUACUAAAAGUAAGCAAAAAACAAAAGUUAUACGCAGUAGCAUAACAUUUUUUAGAAAACUUGUCUUGAAAGAUCUUGAAGCUGGAAAUUACCAGAUUCGUGUAUCUCGAGACAAAAAAAAUCAUGGACUGCAGCAAUCCCUUACAUUAUUAUUGCAAGACAGUUCUUCACAUAUUGAUGUUCCUAGACUUCCACAUAAUGCAAAAAUAACAGUUUUAAGCAACUCUACCCUCUGCAACCAAGUGACAAUUUCUUGGAAUGCUACAGAAAAGACUCAACGCUAUUGUGUAUACAAAAGUAAAAUUCCUAAAAUAAUUCCCGAAAUCAGAGCCAAUAGAAAGGUACAACCACAGUGCAUUGCAGUUGCAUCAAGAAAAAAAUUGGCAAAAUUGUUUUGUAAAGUAGCAAAUAAACAAAAAGUGUUCACAGAAACUAUUGACAAAUUAACUCCAGGGACAAGUUAUAUGGUUUCUGUCUAUGUAGGUCUUCGGGAACGAGAAAUGUUUGCUUAUCAAUCUGUGUUUGUGACAACCAAAUCGUAUUGCUAACCUAAGAAUUAUAAAUAUUGCCAUGUACAUAUGCAGACAUACAAAAUUAUGAUACAUGUUCAUGUUUGCUCGGGUAAAUUGGAGCGAAUGAAAGGGAGAGAAAGGCAGGGAAAAAAGUGGUUUUGUAUUACGUUGAUCUGAAUGUGGGAUUGUAUUAGCAUUUGUGUACAUAUAAUAAUUUUUUUUUUCACUCACUUAUUGAUAAACGGGUGGUGACUGAAUUAGGGUCUCUAUAACCUUUUUCCAGACAUUUUACUUUUUAUUUUAUUUUUAUCGUUAAAGAAAACCCACCAAUUUACAAAUGAGUAUUAUUGUUAUUAUUAUUAUCAUUAUUAUUUAUUACUAUUAUUAUUAUUAUUAUUAUUAUUAUUAUUAUUAUUAUUAUUAUUGUUGUGAAAUGAUGCAAUCAAAUUAUAAUUUCUUUCUAGAGGUUCUAUUCUUGAAAUCGUAUUGACAGCUAAUGUUACCUCUUAUGUAGCUAUAAACUAUAAUACUGUUGCUGAGCAGUAGUCAAAAUUGGACCAAGUAUUAUGCAAGCCAUGUCAGUGAAUACGAUUCAUUUAUUCUUAAUACCUCAAUAUUUCUUCAUUUGAGCCUCAAAAUAUAAAGCUUCAAACUGAUCCAGCAAAUCAAAUACUUAAUCAAUCUUUCAUGGAUAGCAUUCUGAUUUAUGAAUAUCAUUGCUAAUUUUAAUAUUUGCGCUUUUGUUGAGUGAUCAGUUCUCAUCUGUCUAGCUAUCAAUAACAAGUACUUUUACAGUACAAGCUUCACAUGUUGCCAAUGAGCUCUUGCUUUGUCCCAUUAUCAGAAUCUUCUCUUAGACCCUGCUGGUGCAAUUCAGGGGAGGCAAGAACAACACUAUCUAACAUAUUUGGCUGGUCAAAUUGAUGUUCAGUGUCUGGAUCUCGCUUGGAACACCUGUCCCACAUUGCAACUUCCAUAUGAUGUAAAUUUACAUAAUAUUUUGAUAAAUUAAUAGCAACAUUUUGAUAAUCAAAAUUUAAAAAGUAAACAAUAAUGAAUAAAAAAUGUACAUAAUUUA